UGUGUGCAACAUGGCGGAGCCUGCAGAUUUGGUUGAAAACGAAGCCGAGUUGUCUGGCUCUGAUGCUAGCAGUGAUAGCAACGAUGAAGAGCCUGAAGAAACAGAGGCCGACCGCGCAUUUGUCGUAGACGGUCCCGUCGAAGAGCCUGACGAAUCGAGCGAUUCGUCAGACGGCAGUGCGAGUUCGAACGAUAACGAAAAAGACGCCACAAGUGCUCCAAAGAAGAAGAGAAGACGAGAAGAUGAGGACCUCGAUGAGGAAGACCUGUCACUGGUCGAGGAAUUUCUUGGAAGGAAAAUAAAGCGGAAGAAGAAAUUUAGUCGUGUAAAGAUAGUUGCCUCAGAUGAAGAAGAUGAAGUGACAAGAACGAAUCAGAGUGAGACAGUCCACGAUAGAGAGACUAUUGCCAGUCAUCUAUUUGAUGAUGAAGGAUCUGACCAGGGUGAAGAGGCUGCUUCUCUGAACAAAACUGCUGGUUCUGGUGACACAUUUGGUGCUUUACCAUCAUCAUCAGAAGAGGAAGACGAUGUUGAUGAUUUUAUUGUGGAUGAAGAAGGUCGUCCAGUUAGGCAACGGAAGAAGAGAACACACAAGACUUACUCAUCAGCGCAAUUACAAGAAGCUCAGGACAUAUUUGGCGUUGAUUUAGCGCAGUUUGCUGAUGAUUUGGAGGAAGAAGGAGAUGAAGAUGAAGAGGAAGAGGAAGAGGAGGAUGAGGAAGAUGAAGAGUAUUCAAGUGAUGAGGAAGGGAGGCCACGUGUGGCUCAAAAGAAAGGAAAAAAGCGGAGACAGGGAGCAGCAAAUGUCUAUGAUCUCUUUGAGCCAAGUGAACUAGAAAGACGUCACUUUACAGAUCGUGAUGAUGAGAUCAGAGCUAAGGAUGUUCCGGAAAGAUUUCAGCUUCGUAGUCAUCCUGUUGAGCCGUCAGAUGAAGAGAACAAUGAGCUGAGGUUUGAAUCAGAAUGGAUUUACAGGCAUGCAUUUAGUGAACCACCCAUAUCUGAUCAACGUAAACCCGGUGAGAUCAGUUCCAUUUACGGUGGCAGUCUUUUCAAGUCACCCAGUACUAUACCAAAGAUUAGAGAUGCUCUGAACUUUAUGCGAAAUGAGUUGUGUGAGGUGCCAUUUAUUGCCAACUACAGAAAGGAGUAUGUGGAGCCAGAGUUGAGUGUUGAGGAUCUAUGGAAAAUAUGGCAGUGGGAUGAACGGUGGUGCAAGUUUCAAGUGAGGAAGAAAAACAUGAGCAGGCUGUUUUUAGCUGUGCAGCAAUAUCAACGAAACCUUAUGGCUAAUCCUGAUUAUCUCUUGCCUGAGGGACAACGCCUGCUGUCUGACAGAGAUUUAUACAGGAUUGACAAUGUACAGUCACUUGAAGAACUCAAAGAUGUUUAUGAGCAUUUCUCUCUUCAUUUUGGCAAUGAACUAGCAGAGAUGCGUAAAUCACAGAGUCAUGAUGACGGGUCUUCAUCUCAGUUGUCAAGGACAAAGAAUCUAAAAGUUUCUCACAAAGAUUUCUAUACUGUCUGUUGGCAGGCAGGGUUGUUAGGGAUGGCUGAGAAAUUUGGUUUAACUGCUGAACAGUUUGGAGAAAAUUUAAGAGACAAUUACCAGAGACAUGAAACAGAGCAAUAUCCGAAUGAACCAGAAGAUGUGGCUGAAGAUUACAUUUGCCAGAAAUUUUCAAACAUUGACAGUGUUGUGAAAGGAGUAGUCUACACAGUGGCUAUUCAGUUGUCCAGAGAGCCACUCAUUCGUCAGACUGUGAGACAAACGUACUCAGAGAGAGCCAAGGUGUCUGUCAAGCCAACGAAGAGGGGCAAGAAGGAAAUUGACGAAUGGCAUGAGUGUAGUUCAUUCAAAUAUUUGAAAAACAAGCCAGUCAAGACCUUGAGAGGGGAUCAGUUCUUAAGAAUGUCACAGGCAGAACAAGAUGGUUUAUUAAAGAUUUCUAUUAGCAUUGAUAUGGACUCUCAAUCCAGUUUGGUGUAUGGAACAUAUUUGGAUGAGAUCAAACAGCUUUUUUACCGGGAUGAAUUUAGUCUUUUGGUUGAAAAAUGGAAUGAUUUACGUGUUCAAGCAGUUGAAAUGGCCGUUGUCAAGUUUCUUUACCCAGUUAUGGAAAAAGAACUUAGACGGAAGUUGCUGCAAGAAGCACAAGAUUACAUAAUACAACAAUGUGCUAUGAAGCUACAGCAGUGGAUCUCUGUGGCUUCGUACCAACCUGAACAGCAACUUGAUGAGGAUGAGUUUGAUGGCAGUGGAACAAAGACACGUGGUCUUCGUGUUCUGACAUGUACAUUUGAAGAAGACAGAGAUACACCUGUGGUGUGUGCUGUGUUGAAUGGCAAUGGUCAAUUGAUGGAAUCUCUUCGGAUGUCUAACAUUCGGAUUCGGCCAAAUAGUUUGAGAAAAGAUGCAAAGAAACUACGAGAUGAUGACUUAGAGCAGUUACGAGAGUUCAUUUUGAAAAUGAGGCCUUAUGUUGUUGCUGUUGCUGCUCAGAACAGAGAUGCUUUGUUCUUGAUUGAUGACAUUAGACAAUGUUUAAUACAUUUGGAGCAGGAACAUCAACUACCAACCAUUUCGGUUGAGCUGGUGGAUGGUGAAGUAGCACGGAUAUAUCAGUCAUCUCAAAGGGCUAAGGAAGAGUUUCCAGAUCAAAGCUUAUUGCUAAGACAAGCUGUGUCACUGGGUCGUCGGCUUCAAGAUCCUCUACUUGAAUUUGCUGGACUGUGCAAUGAUGAUAAGGAACUUCUGUGUCUUAGACUCCAUCCUUUGCAGGGUUUGGUCUCUCAGGAACAUUUAAUUACUCAACUACAAAUGCGACUGAUUGAUCAAGUCAAUGAUGUUGGUGUAGAUGUGAAUAGGGCUUUGGAGUUUGUACACUAUGAACAAGUUGUACAGUUUGUCUGCGGUUUAGGCCCAAGAAAGGCAGCAGCAUUGCUGAGGACACUGAGGCAGAAGAGAUCUUUGUUGGAGAACAGAUCACAGCUGGUCACAAUAUGUGAAAUGGGACCACAUGUUCUUGUCAACUGUGCUGCAUUUGUCAAAAUUGAUUCGUUAGCGUUUUCUGAUAAUGCAUCUGAUUAUACGGAAGUGCUUGAUGGGUCUCGUAUCCAUCCAGAAGCAUACGAAUGGGCCAGAAAAAUGGCAAUUGAUGCUUUGGAAUAUGAUGAGAGUGCUGAAGAUGCUCCCCGAGAGUCAAUAGAGGAAAUUCUGGAGAGCCCAGACAAACUGAAAGAUCUUGAUUUGGAUGCAUUUGCUGAGGAACUUGCAAGACAGAAAUGUGGCAAUAGGCAAACUACUCUUUAUGACAUUCGUGAUGAACUGUUUGGUCUCUACCGUGAGCGUCGUAAACCAUACAGACCCCUCACACUGGAUGAACGAUUUCGUUUGAUGACUGGAGAAACAGGAGAAACUCUCCAAAUUGGCAAGCUGAUAGUGUGCACUGUGUCUGGUAUUGUGAGGAAGAAACUUACAGGGGAAGUGCUGGACAAUGCAAACUUGAUUGUCCGAAGUGAACGGACCAACUUGUAUCAAUGCCCUUUCUGUAUGGUUGAUGAAUUCCAGGAUUUGAGUGCAGUGUGGAGCCAUCUUGAUGAUCGCAGUUGUCCUGGUCAGGCCAUUGGGGUUAGAACGAGAUUAGACAAUGGCAUCACUGGAUUUAUUGCUCUAAAGAAUUUAAGUGAUCGUCCUGUUCGUAAUCCUGAAGAACGAGUGAAGGAGGGAAUGUCUGUUCACUGUCGAAUCCUUCGCCUAAAUAUGGAAAAGUUCCAAGUUGAUCUGACAUCACGAUCUCAAGAUUUGGCUGAUAAAGAUGGCAGUUUUGGCUCUCCCAAAGAUGCGUUCUUUGACAAUGAUGCUGCAAUGAAAGAUGCUGAUCAAGAAAAGAAGUUGAGGGAAAAGCCAAAGAGAACUUAUGUGAAACGGGUGAUUGCUCAUCCUGCCUUUCAAAAUGUAUCAUUUGAGCAAGCCAUUCAAUUGCUGGCUAACAUGGAUUUGGGCGAGUGUGUUAUUAGGCCAAGUUCAAAAGGUGACGAUCACUUGACUAUAACAUGGAAGGUUGAUGAAAAUCUCUAUCAACACAUCGAUGUAACUGAACUAGGGAAAGAGAAUGCUUUCAGCUUAGGAAGAACGUUACGAAUUGGAUCUGAAGAAUAUGAAGAUUUAGAUGAGAUCAUUGCUCGUCACAUUCAGCCCAUGGCUUCCUUGGCUCGUGACCUGUUUAAUCACAGAUAUUACCGAAAUGCAGAUGGUGGUAGCAAGACAACUCUUGAUAAACUUCUGUCAAUGGAAAAGAAACGUUGUCCCUCAAGGAUACCCUACUUUUUCAGUGCUUCACAGGAAUAUCCAGGGCGAUUCUUGAUUUCUUACAUGCCAAGGACUAAGUCAAGGCAUGAGUUUGUGUCUGUAACUCCUGAUGGCUAUCGGUUUCGAGGACAGGUGCAUAUGUCUGUUAACACAUUGAUUCAAUGGUUUAAAGAACAUUUCAGAGAUCCUCCCCCAGCAGUACUGGCUGCAAAUAGAGGUGCUACAACAGGAGGAAAUAGUAGUACUUUGUACAGUGCUGGAUACCAGAGUACAGGCCAGCCAUUUUCGAAUACGCCAAUUGGAGGAGGGUGGGUUGAUCGUCCUGCUUUCUCACAGUUCCUGAGGCACUAACGUCAAGUUCAUCUGUCAAACUUUGAGCUGCUACAGUUGUUAGAAAUCUUUGAUUAAAUAGUGGUGUUUGGGAUAACCAUUCUCAGUCUCUCUGUAUAUGUAUGUGCUAGGUCAAGACGCAGUUUAAAGGCUCUGUUAUUGCAUAUCUUGGUUGUACAUCACAGCAUCUUCCUGUUUUAA